AUGUCGAAGGAUGUAAUAGAAUACUCUAAAUUAUUUGCUAAACUGGUUAACACAAACGAUGAUACAAAACUGGAUGAUACAAUAGCAUCCUUCUUAUAUUAUAUGUUUCCAAGGGAACUAUUUAUUCGAGCAAUUUCAUUACUAGAAUCUUCAGACAUGUUUAUAUACAUAUUAGAUAGAGUCCAUAACAAGGAAGGUAAUGAGCAUACAUCAUUGAUUGAUGUGUUAGUUGAUGAAUUUUAUAAGGGUUCAUCUAAUUCGCUCCUGGAGUAUCGCUUAAUAGUGAAGGAUACUAAUGAUGGAGCGCCACCAAUACUCGUAGAUAUCGCACACUGGUUCUGCUCAUGUGAAGAGUUUUGUAAAUACUUUCAUGAAGCACUAGAAAAAACUGACGAAAAAGAAGAAUUACACGAUGUGCUAAUAAAUGAAGUUGAUGAUCAUUUGCAAUUUUCGGAUGAUAGGUUUGCACAGCUGGAUCCUCAUAGCUUAUCAAAGCAGUGGUAUUUCAAAUUUGAUAAAGUUUGUUGUUCGCAUCUACUGGCGUUCUCCAUUUUGCUUAGAUCUUCCAUAAAUGUGCUGAAGUUUUUCACUGUGAACUCGAAUAAAGUUUUCGUUAUAGCAAUAGAUAAUAUCGACGAGUGGUUAAACUUGCACAUCAACAUAGUUGAGUAA